AGUGCAGCGUCGUCCUUCCACCGGAAGUGUCCGAUCGGAACCAGCCCUGUGGGAGAGGAGAGCUCUUGAAACUAAGAAAGGCCCUUCACAGAGUAGAAGUGAGGUUCUGAUAAUACAUUUUAUCUCAAGAUGACAACAGAAUCAAAGAAAGCUGCAGCUCAGAACCUUCAGGAGGAUGAAGGACUUUUGAUAGUGAAGACUGAAGAGGAAGAUUUUGUCUGGAGUCAAGACGCUUGCUUACAGAGAAGUGAGACCCGCAGGCAGGAGCUCUGUCGGCAGCUAUUCAGGCAGUUCUGCUACCAGGAUUCCCCGGGGCCACGAGAGGCACUGAGCCAGCUUCAAGAGCUCUGCUGUCAGUGGCUGAAGCCAGAAACCCACACCAAGGAGCGGAUCCUGGAGCUGUUGGUGCUGGAGCAGUUCCUGACCAUCCUGCCAGGGGAUCUACAGGCUUGGGUGCGUGAACAUUACCCAGAGAGUGGAGAGGAGGCAGUGACCAUACUGGAAGAUUUAGAGAGAGGAACUGAUGAAGCAGUACUCCAGAUUCCAGCCCAUGGACAUGGACAAGAACUCUUCAGGAGAAAAGUGGCACCUCCUGGACCAGCACUUAGUGUCCAGUUCCAGCCAGUGGACACCAAGGCCCUUCAUGUUUCUUCAGAACCCCAGCUCCUACUGGACUGUGAUAAUGAGAGUGAAAACAGUGGAUCCAUGCCAAAGCUGGACAUUUAUGAGAAAAUGGAAUCACAGAGAAUUAUAUCAGGAAAAAUUUCAGGAUUUGUGGCUGAAGGAUCUGCUGAGCCUCAAGACAUCCGUAAGUCUGCAGGCAGGAUGAAGAGACAACAGGAAAAAGAAUCAGGGGAGUCUCGGAAACCAUCAUCUGCUCUGGAUGGAGGUUUUAGUAAAAUCCUCACCCACAAAAAUACACUUACAGGUGAAAUAAUAAGCCAUGAUGGUUGUGAGAGAAGCUUAAAUCUGAACGCAAAUGAAUUUUCACACCAGAAACCUUGUAAACACAGUACCUAUGACCAAAGUUUCAAAUGGAAUUCAGAUUUUAUUAACCAUCAAAGAAUUUAUGCUGGAGAAAAGAUUCACCAAUAUGCAAAAUCUCUCAAGAGCCCAAACCUUAUGAAACAUGCAGCAAUUUUCAGUGGAGAGAAAAUCCAUCAGUGUAAUGAAUGUGGGAAAGCUUUCAGACACAGCUCAAAGCUUAUUAGGCAUCAGAGAAUCCACACUGGAGAGAGACCCUAUGAAUGUAAUGAGUGUGGGAAAGGCUUUGGGGGGAGCUCAGAUCUUAUUAGACACCAGAGGAUUCACACCGGGGAAAGACCCUUUGAAUGCAAAGAAUGUGGGAGAGCAUUCAGCCUGAACUCACAUCUUAUCCUGCAUCAGAGAAUUCACACCAGAGAGAAACCCUAUGAAUGUAGUGAAUGUGGGAAAACCUUCAGAGUGAGCUCACACCUUAUUCGACACCUAAGAAUCCACACUGGAGAGAAGCCCUAUGAAUGCAGUGAGUGUGGGAGAGCCUUCAGUCAGAACUCCCACCUUAGUCAACAUCAGAGAAUUCACAAGAGGGAAAACCUGUUAAUGUAAAGAACUUAAAUUCGUAAGGAAAUAGCAAGACUUGAAAAACAUUGAAUAAAAAAUAAAUACUGGGUGAGAUGAAUGACUGAAAGAUCAAUGUCUCUUUAUUCUCUCUCUCAUUCUUGGUUUGCUGUUCUGCAUAUAUUCUUCACCUCUGUGUGUCUGCAUUCUGUGAGACGGAGGAUAUACCUUUUCCAUUGACUGCUAAAAUCAAACCAGAAGAGCAGAAUUUGAGGGAGGCUGAUAAACGGCUUAGUCUAUGGCAAUGAAAAUAGAAAAGAGGACUCUCUUGGGAAAUAACCAUGAUUAGAGUGUGGAAAAAAGAAGAUCCAGAUAAAGAGACCAAUCAUCAACUCUAGUGAAUGAUUCUCCACAAGAGAAGGUAGGCUACGCCCAGGAGUGGAGUAGCUUGAGCAAGGUACUGCAGAAUGGUGCUUUUGGAGUAUUCCUUUAAAACACAAAGACACAACAAAACUACAUUAGACAGUCACGUCAAACAAGAGGUCAUGUGCAAUGGUAGCAUUCCAAUAUGUAAGCCAAAAUCUAUGUCCAGAGGUCAUACCAGGAAGUAAAUAACCAGAAAAGCAUUUAAAGCUUAAGAGGCCAUAAUCCAGAGGUUCAAAUAAGACAGUAGGGGAAUAGAAGCAAAUUAGGCAAGAGCUAGGGUUAGAGGAAAGGUGUUCAAAUUGAAUUAAACCUUAGAAUUUGGAGGAGAUACACAGUAGUAUAACCAGGAUUUUACUGCCACGUAUACUGUGGAGUGUUUGGUACCUUCCUGAGGUAGGUGGAUAGAGAGUGUAGUUACGGGGAGCUCUCUUGACAGAAGUAGAUUUCUCUGGCUACUGACAAUUGUGGAAGAGGGCUGAGGGAAUUAGUGCUAAGCAUAUAGGUCCUGAAACUUUAUUGCAUUGCUGCUGGCUGCUCUUCUCUCCAGAAAAGAGCAGAGUGUAGAAAGGAUUGGUAUCUGAGAGAAGAGUGGCGAGGAAUCUGCAACAAGUUGGAACUCUACCAAUGACUUCAGAAUAUAAAGGUGAAUCCUGUCUACUUGUUUUACCUGUUUGAUGAGGCACAUUUUUACCAAUGUGAGAAAUAAAAACAUAUUUAAGGCCUAAA